GCCAAGCGCAGGUAACUUAGAAAAAAAGAGUUGUUGGCUUGUUAUGGUAUUGGCUUGAAAGAGACCCGGAUUCUCCCCCCACCCUCCUUUACCAGUUAGACCAGUAACUCAGGAAAAGGCAAACACUCGAGUACUGGAUCAGUUUUUACCCUUGUGGUCCCUGAUGGCUUCGCACAGUGAUACUCUGGUGGUGUUCUUUGGGGCAACAGCUGGUGCAAAUGGGGGUAAACUGGGUUCGGAUGAGAGGGAAAUAAUUCUCUUGGUGUGGCAAAUUGUGGAUCUACGUGAGAAAAAGGUGGGGAAGCUUCAACGACGUCUCGUAAAACCAGACACUUUGGAAUUGACAGAUCAAUGUAAAGAGGAGACCGGUUUAACUUUAGACGAACUCUGCAAAGCAGAACCUUUGGACCGAAUUCUGCAACAGUUCCAGCAGGCAGUCUCCAGUGAGCUGAAGGCUCUGGGCAGAAGCUCCUACACACUCUGCGUCGACGGGCCCCUCCUCAUUAGGCAGGCCUUCCAUCCAGAAGCUUCCAAAAAGAACUUCGUCCUCCCCGACUGUUUCUUCUCCUUCGUGGACCUGCGGAAAGAGUUCCACAAAUGCUGUCCGGACGCCGGCUCGGCCGAGGACCUGACCGUGGCCUCCAUGCUGCAGCAUGUCUGCGCCCCUCCCACAGACACGGAGCAGGUCGCCGGGGUGCGGGAGGUUAAGGGGAUGGUGCUGCUGACGUUGCACCUGUUGUCUGAUCCCUACAAUCACAAAUUUACCGGUCUUGAAACCGUGAAGUACAAAUUUGAGUCCGGGGCAUGCAGUAAGAUGGAGCCGGUGGACAGCGAGACUGUGAUUCGAGCCAGGGGGUUGCCGUGGCAGUCGUCUGACCAGGACAUCGCCCGAUUCUUCAAGGGGCUAAACAUCGCAAAGGGCGGUGUGGCGCUUUGUCUGAACGCUCAGGGCCGGAGGAACGGAGAGGCCCUGGUGCGCUUUAUAAACCCUGAGCACAGAGACCUGGCCCUGGAGCGCCACAAGCACCACAUGGGAAACCGCUACAUCGAGGUGUACAAGGCGACGGGAGAGGAGUUCCUGAAAAUAGCUGGAGGAACCUCGAACGAGGUGGCCCAGUUCCUGUCGAAGGAGAACCAGGUGAUCAUCCGCAUGCGCGGGCUGCCCUUCACCGCCUCGCCCGAGGACGUGCUGGGCUUCCUGGGGCCCGAGUGCCCCGUCACCGACGGCGGCGAGGGGCUGCUCUUCGUCAAGUACCCCGACGGGCGGCCCACGGGCGACGCCUUCGUGCUCUUCGCCUGCGAGGAGUACGCCCUCAACGCCCUCAAGAGGCACAAGCAGAUCCUGGGGAAGAGAUACAUAGAGCUGUUCCGCAGCACGGCCGCCGAGGUCCAGCAGGUCCUGAACCGCUACAUGUCCACGCCGCUGAUCUCCACCCUGCCCCCGACCCCGGCCCCCAUGGUGCCGGUCCCCGUCAUGGCCACGCCCCCCUUCCUGACCUCCAGCAGCAGUCGGGACUGCGUCCGGCUCAGGGGGCUGCCCUACACCGCCGCCAUCGAGGACAUCCUGGAGUUCAUGGGCGAGCACACCGUGGACAUCAAGCCGCACGGCGUGCACAUGGUGCUCAACCAGCAGGGCCGUCCCUCGGGAGACGCCUUCAUCCAGAUGAAGUCGCCGGACCGCGCCUUCAUGGUGGCCCAGAAGUGCCAUAAGAAGAUGAUGAAGGACCGCUACGUGGAGGUGUUCCAGUGCUCCACGGAGGAGAUGAGCUUCGUGCUGAUGGGCGGCACUCUCAACCGCAGUGGCCUCUCACCCCCACCCUGCAAACUCCCAUGCCUGUCUCCGCCCACCUACGCCGCGUUCCAGCCUCCCGCCGCCAUGCUCCCCGCCGAGGCGGCCUUCUUCCAGCCCCCCCUGCUGGCCACGCCUCGCGCCGCGCAGCCCCCCGCCCACAGCGCCGCCCACGCCCUGGCCUACUACCCGCCCCAGGCCCACGCCCAGCUCUACAUGAACAUGAAUAUGAACUACACCGCGUACUACCCCAGUGACGGGGCAGGAGAGGACGGUCUCUCACGCGAUGGGGUUUCGUUUCCCAGCCCCCCCGUCUCCCCGUCGACGGUGGGCUACUUCGCGGCCCCGCCCGGCGCCAUGGCCGCGGCUGUGGCGGCCCCCCCUCCGGCCCCCAUCAUGCCCCAGACGGGAGCCCUGGUCAGGAUGCAGGGCCUGCCGUUCAACACGGGCGUCAAAGACAUCCUCAGCUUCUUCCAGGGAUACCAGUACGCUCCUGAUGACUACGGCAGCGUGGUGCAGCUGACUGAUCAGGGGCGGGGCCUGAUUCAGCCCAAAGAGUGGCUCUGUCUCUGACGAGCCGAAGGAGCUCCAGGCGGACGCCGUCCUCGUCCUCUACAACCUGAGCGGCCAGCGGAGCGGGGAGGCCCUGGUGACCUUCCCCAGCCGGGAGGCGGCCAGGCAGGCCGUGGCCGAGCUCUCCAGCCGCCCCCUCUCCGGAC